UCUCGGUAUAAAGUAAUGGCUUUUGUGCGCAUGUUCCACUGCCCUUUUGUGCCGCCGCUCCUUCUCCAUUGGCUCACCCUCCGCUCUGCUCUCAGCCUGCACACACCGACCAGCCCUCGUACAACACAGUGUGUGUGUGUGUGUGCAUCCAACCCACGCUGCCUGCAAACCGGCCUCAGCGUCCCACGCUGUUCUGAAGAGAAAAAGAUGGAGAAAAAGAGCGAGAUCAACGGGCACGCCAUGCCCGGCUCGGCCUCCACCGACCGGAUCGUGGAGAAAAGCGCGCAGAAGAGCUUCAGGGAGAAGCUAAUGGAGUUUCUGAGAAAGAACCUGCUGGUUAUCAUGACGGUGUCCGGGGUUCUUGUGGGCGUCGGGCUCGGUAUGGUGGUCCGCAACAUGAACCUGACCAGGGCGCAGAUGACCUACUUCGCCUUCCCCGGAGAGAUGCUCCUCCGAAUGCUGAAGAUGAUCAUCCUGCCCCUCGUCGUCUGCAGCCUCAUAUCCGGGGCCGCCAGCCUGGACACCCGAUCCCUGGGCAAGCUGGGGGGUAUCGCGGUCGCCUACUUUCUGGUGACCACGCUCAUCGCCUCGGGGAUCGGGGUGGCCCUGGCUUUCAUCAUCAAACCCGGCGUAGGCGCCGGAGCCCUGAACACCAACAGCCUUGGACUGGAGAGCGUCACCAGCAACAAGGAGACCGCGGACUCGUUUUUAGAUCUGGCCAGGAAUUUAUUCCCAGCAAACUUGGUGGCUGCUGCCUUCCGCACUUAUGCCACUGACUACAAGAUGGUUGCUGUAGGAAACAACACCAAUGGAACAACCCUCUAUCAAAAGGUGCCGAUUGGUACAGAAACAGAUGGCAUGAACAUCCUGGGUCUGGUGUUAUUUGCAAUGGUAUUUGGUGUGGCGCUGAGGAAGCUGGGAGAUGAGGGGGAGGAACUUAUUCGCUUCUUCAAUGCUUUCAAUGAGGCCACCAUGGUGCUGGUGUCCUGGAUUAUGUGGUAUAUCCCCUUUGGCAUCAUGUUCCUGGUGGGCAGUAAGAUUGUGGAAAUGGAAGAUGUGGUUCUUUUGGUCACUAGUUUGGGAAAAUACAUCUUUGCUUCAAUCCUGGGCCACAUCAUCCAUGGAGGCAUCAUCCUGCCCCUCAUCUACUUUGGCUUCACACGCAAGAACCCCUUCAGUUUCCUGUCAGGACUCAUUACGCCUUUCACCACUGCCUUUGCCACCUGCUCUAGUUCAGCAACACUUCCCUCUAUGAUAAAAUGUGUUGAGGAGAACAACGGUGUGGACAAACGCAUCAGCCGCUUCAUUCUUCCUAUCGGGGCCACUGUUAACAUGGAUGGGGCGGCCAUAUUCCAGUGCAUUGCGGCUGUCUUCAUUGCUCAGCUCAACAAUGCUGAGCUGAAUGCUGGGCAGAUCUUCACCAUUUUGGUGACAGCCACAGCCUCAAGUGUCGGUGCUGCGGGCAUCCCAGCGGGCGGCAUCAUUACCAUCGCCAUCAUCCUGGAGGCUAUCGGCCUGCCUACCAAUGACCUGUCCCUCAUGCUGGCUGUUGACUGGAUUGUGGAUCGUACCACCACGGUGGUCAACGUGGAAGGUGAUGCUCUGGGUGCUGGUAUUCUCCACCACAUCAACCAGCAGGAAAUGAAGAAACAGCAGCAGGAGCAGCAGCAAGAGGGGGAACUGGCGGAAGUCCGGGUUGAGGUGGUGGCCAAUGUCCAAGCUGAGGAGGAGACCUCGCCACUCGUCACACACCAAACCAAAGCUUUAGGAGCCACGCCGGAAGCCAUUGAGUCUGUCCUGUGAACUCAGCAAGACUUCUUUCUUGCCCCUUUACAUUUUGACACCUCUGAUGUUGCUGAUGAUGCACCAUACUGAGUCAGUGUCCCUUCAAAGAAUGAGGUCACAAAUGAUUUCAUUUGUGAGGAAAGUGCCAUCGUAACAGUCAGACUCUCCCAUAAACCUAGUGCUUUCAAAGUGCUGUUACUUGGUCAGUCUCGGGCUCAACAACUGGAUUUUCAUCCAAGUGUUUUAAUACAAAUUAGGAUAUUAUGAAAUAGGGAAUUAUUCAUUUAAAAUGUUUUUUUUUAAUUUUCACUUGAGGCUUUUUUUGGUUGUAUUUUUAAAGUUUAGCAGAUAUUUUAGAGUGAUGGAAACACACUUUUUGUAAAAUGUCCCUAAAACAUUCCCAUAAAUGUCGUAGUUCUGUUGCUCACAGCCAUAACAGUUUGUACUUUUGAACAUUAUCAAGUGCAUUUGUUUGUUUUGUCAUCAGACAGUAAAUACAGUGGUCAACACUGAGUAUGGAACACUAACAACUGACCAAAUGCUGAAAAAGCAAAAUGUUUGACAAAUGCUUGAUAGUGUCUGUCGUAACUUAAUUAGCUACACGUUCUGUUUGCCUGUUCAGUCAUGUUAACUGAGCUGGUGGAGACGUAUUUGCAUUAUUUCUAUUUAAUUUUUUCAGCUCGUUUGCUUUAGUUGAAUGGAAACAGCUGAAAUUCUGUCUUUUACAGUCAAAUCUGAUUGAGAGGGAGAGGGAACAUUUUCCUAUGACUUUUGUUUGCUGACCAUCAGCAGACAAUGUCAAACAUUAACACUUCAAAUGACAGGUUAAGAAUUUGGCCUAUUUUUUUGGACAAACUUGACCUGUUCAACCGGUGACAAACAGCGUAGUAAAACAUUUUAGACUAUUUGAAAUAGUGUGUUUACCUGCAUGCAUUGCCAUUAUGGUCUCACGGGGGAAAACCCACUGAUACGUGUUAUAUCCCCUGACUAAUCCUAUUUACUCCAGAGUAUACAGAACAUUGGGGUUAUUUACAUAACCAUGAUACUCUAAAUCUCUAAUACCAUGGAACAAGAGCUCAUAAAAAUCCCUCUGCAAACAUUAUAAGGUACAUAAUGUUCUCAGAGCCAAUAUCAACAGUUUCUCCAUUUCUGUAAUGACAGCAGUACUUUCUUUACAAAGUUUUCCCUAGAGUUGGUGUUCUAAUAAUGGCCAGGUACACUGAACAUCAGGCGGUCUCAGCUAGCUAGUUUAGAGUUCAAGUUGCAUUUUUGCAUCAGCCAUUUUUGAAUUAGGUGAAUCAGCUGUACAUGUGUGUGUGUUGCUCUCUUUCUUUCAUAUUUGUUACAACAUACUUUCAAAUGUUGGAACUUAUUGGUGUUGGAGCUAAUUUGUAAAAGUAGCAGGUAGCUUGUUGCUAAUUGCUUUGGAGUAAUAUGUUGCCACAGAGUCUAAAACAUAGCUUGAUGUGCGUAUUGGGUUUUCUUUAUAUAUUAGUUUUCACAUCAGUUAGAUAUUUUUAACUAGAGCUAUUAUUUAGUUAAAGUUUGCUUUGUGGCCCAGAUAUUCGAGUUAGCUAGCAAAUGCAACUAACUAUUAGAUAAUAUAACAACAUUUUUUUUUUAAAUGG